CAUCAUCACUGAACCCAUCUUCCGACUCGCAACCAUCCGUCUUCCAACAACACGAAGGCAACAAAACAAAACCUGGAAAUCCGUUGAAAGCACCUUGCCACAUUCUUCCUUUCUUUGCACUCAAUUCCACAAACAAUCAAUCGCAAACAAAAACCAACCCACCAUUCGAUGCCGCUUGCUGAACAACACAGGUAGCCAUGCCAAAGGUGGAGGCCCGGCGGGCUUCGGCGAGAAGCCGUACUAGAUCUGCACUAUCGGCGACGGAGGCGUUAGCGGCGGUAGUUGGUGGCCGUAGUCUGCGGCCACGCCGAGCCGGGAGCCAGGGUGCUGUGGGAGCCGCUGUUGGUGUUUCAAUCGGCGGCGGUGCGACAUCAAAUCUGGGCCCAGCAAGCCCACUAAGACGAAGCGCUCGCAGCGGGGAUUCAGCAGGGGCAGCCCGGAACAGCGGUCCCUCCAAUAAUAACAACAAGGCCAGCAACACCACCCUCAACCACAACAUUCGCCCUCGUAGGUCGUCCAUCAACUAUCGUGAAGAUUCUUCCGACGAUAGCGACAGUGCCUCUACUACGCCUGAUGAAAGCGACAGCGAAGAAGAGGAUGACGGAGAACGAGAUGCACAACCCGCGCGCAGGUCCGCCACAUCAACACGGGGGCGCCCAUCUCGGACCCAGCUCAGCACCACCAGCAACAAUAACACACGAGGCCAAGCACUAGGAAAGCGGCGCCGUCCCCGGUCCGGCUUUUUCCAUGAAGACACCGACGGAGAAGACGAUCCUCAAGAUGACGACAUCGUCAAUACUGACCAUGAAACUCUCCCCACUCCUCGCAGGGGCAGAGCAACGGCUACAUCCGUAGCCAGAGCCAGGGAAUCGUCAGUUCCACGUACUCCAGAGCGGAAGAGAAGAAGAGGCACGCCGGCGACUGCCACUCAGAGACGCACGCCUGCUUCGUCCAGGAAAUCCAAGUUAGACCUUGUUCGCUCUGGUGACGCCGAGGAAGACGCAGCAGAAAAGAAACCCCAAAUCAUCCCCCCUUGGCAACAUCUCCCCUAUGAGCUCUGGCUCUUGGUGUUCAAGUUUGCAUCCGCCGAGCGCGAUCGGGAUGCUGUCAACCUUCUCUUAUCUGCGAGCCGUCUUUGUAGGGAACUUGCGGAACCAGCCCUGACGGCGUUGUAUUACUCUCCUCCGUUGCUCACCCGGAAAAUGGCACAUGGACUCGUGGCGCUCUUGUCCUCGGAUCCCUCAACGAUGAGGUACCGCUACAGGUGGAAAGUGAAGAAGUUGCGGAUCGAUGUUGAGGAGAUUGCUUCCAAGACUUAUAAAGGGCAACACCUUGACUGGGACGCCCUUUUCGCCAAUGUUCCAAUGCUCAAGUCUAUCGACUUCUUCCAUGCAAAGGACGAUGCCCCAUUCAGAUCUCUUGAAGCGAGCCUGAGAUGGAAAUACCCAACCGCAAUGUGGAAAUUCCUCAAUGGCGGCGACCCUCCAGGAACCGAGCACAAGCCCAUCGAACUCGAGGCCUGGAGAUGGAAUGGGAGGUUGAUGACCCCCGACAUGACUUUGCAAAGUCCGACUAUCAUUCACCAAACUCCGGCUUUCUCAACGCUCAAGAAGAUUUGCCUCCAAAACUUCCAGGUGCCCUCGAUGCCGCUGCAUAACUGGCCAGCCGUUGUCGAAGAAGACGAAGGGUUCGAAAAGUUCUUGAUCAGCGAAUUUGCUCAUGCCAUCAACGCUCUUCCUCAACUGGAGUAUCUGUCUAUCGAAUCCUCCACCAUUGCAAACGACUAUCUGCUCCACCUUCUUCCCAAAACUUUGAAGACCUUGGAGCUCGUCAACUGCUGGGAAAUCACUGCCGAUGAUUUCUCGGAAUACCUUCUGACCCGCGCCUACCGCCUUGAGCACCUUUACUUGAAACACAACCAGUCCCUCAGCUUGAGCUUCCUUACUGUCUUAGGCACAGCCUGUCCAUACUUGCAAACGUUGAGCGUCGACCUCAAAACCUACAACCACCACGAGUUCUACAACGACUCAGACCCCAGCUACGACGAGGUCCUAAGCGUCACAGAAGUCCCAGAAUGGCCAGUGAGUCUGCGCACCCUUGAGCUGCAGAACAUGCGCAAGUGGUCCGCCGACGCAGCCGAGAACCUCUUCCAGUCCCUGAUCAAUGCGGCCCCUGACCUUCCUGAUCUACGAAUCAUCGACAUUAACGCCAAACUCAACAUCCCCAUCCGUCAGCGCUCCGAAAUGCGCGACAGAUGGGAAGCCCGUCUCAAAGGCGUCUUUCUUCGGAAAUGGGAAGACCCCAAACCCCCCUUCACACUACGUCCCCCAACACCCACCCCCAAGCUGAUACCGACAAUGUCAACGAGCAAAGUACCCCCUUCCGCCACCAAGCGCUCCCGCACCGAUAAAUGGGUAGCCCAAUCCAUCGAAGCCCAACAAGGCUCCUCCUCACAGUCUACCCGCCGAAGCGCCCGCAUCGCAGCUCUAUCCUCCGGCUCCUCAUCCGGCGGCGGCACACCCUCGCCCUCACGCGGCAACAGCUUCCAACGUGAGCGUGAAGUAUCAGUGACCUCAUCACUCUCCCUAUCAGCAGAGGCACUCUCCCUUUCACCUAGGGAGGCCAACGUAGCGGGGGAGAUUUUGUACAGACAUGGCUGGUGCGAGAAGGUGGAGCUGCAGUUGGAUAACCAGAAGUUGACGGAGCAGACGUUGACGAUGGAGGAUUUUGUGGAUUGGGGCAGCGGCGAUGAUGAUGAGGAGGAUUCGGAGUGGGAUGGGAUGGAUAGGGAUGAUGAUUAUGGUGGUGGGGGGUAUGCUUGGUGAUUUCAAGGGAUCCGACUGCUGAGAUGGUUGGUUGAUUGGUUAUUUGAAGCCGGAGCUGGCUUUUACACAUAAUGGGGAUUUGGAA